GGGUCACAUGAUCCGACUUGCCACCAUCAUCAUCAUAAAUCAAUAAAAAACAUGGAAUGAACGGAAAAUUGACCGGCUGCUUUCUUUAAUUUAAAGAUAGAACAUCUAGAAAUAAUAUUAAAAAAGUGAAAAUAUAGUUUUUGUAGCAAUCAAGAUGGGGUCGUUAUUACGAAGUGAGGAGAUGACACUAUGUCAGCUGUUUCUCCAAUCAGAAGCAGCGUACACCUGUGUGUCGGAACUUGGUGAACUUGGACUUGUACAGUUUAGAGAUCUGAAUCCUGAUUUUAACGCUUUCCAGAGAAAGUUUGUCAAUGAGAUCCGACGCUGUGAGGAAAUGGAAAGAAAACUGAGAUUUUUAGAGAAAGAGAUUAAGAAAGAUGGAAUACCUAUGUUAGAUACAGGAGAUAAUCCUGAUGCUCCGGCACCUAGAGAAAUGAUAGAUUUAGAGGCGACAUUUGAAAAAUUAGAAAAUGAAAUGAAAGAAGUGAACGCCAAUUCUGAAGCUUUAAAGAAAAAUUAUUUGGAACUGACAGAAUUAAAACACAUUUUACGCAAAACUCAAACGUUCUUCGAGGAGGCUGAAUUUCACAACCGUCAGGCAAUGCAUGAUCCCUACCUUGGAGAAGAAACAGUAGGUUUACUUGGAGAGGAAGCUCAGCAGCGAGGCCGUGGAUUACGGCUUGGGUUUGUAGCUGGUGUCAUAUUACGAGAAAAAUUACCAGCGUUUGAGAGAAUGUUGUGGAGAGCAUGUAGAGGAAACGUCUUCCUUCGUCAAGCAGAAAUAGAUAAACCUAUGGAAGAUCCUGUUUCUGGAGAUCAAGUAUUAAAAUCUGUGUUCAUCAUUUUCUUUCAAGGAGAUCAACUCAAGUCUCGUGUUAGAAAGAUCUGUGAAGGUUUCCGUGCUACGUUGUAUCCAUGUCCCGAAACACCAUCAGAGAGACGAGAGAUGUCGCUAGGUGUAAUGACGAGGAUAGAAGAUCUCAAUACUGUUUUAGGUCAAACUGGAGACCAUCGUCAUCGUGUAUUGGUUGCCGCAGCUAAAAAUAUAAAAGUUUGGUUUAUUAAAGUGCGGAAGAUCAAGGCUAUUUAUCAUACACUCAACAUGUUUAACCUGGACGUCACACAGAAAUGUCUGAUAGCCGAGUGUUGGUGUCCGUGUGCUGACCUAGAUAGAAUUCAACAAGCUUUACAACGGGGAACCGAGAGAAGUGGUAGUAGUGUACCAUCUAUAUUAAACAGAAUGUCUACAAAACAAGAACCACCAACUUAUAAUAGAAAUAAUAAAUUAACAAAAGGUUUUCAGAAUCUAGUUGAUGCUUACGGUGUCGCUAGUUAUAGAGAAAUUAAUCCAGCUCCAUUCACGAUUAUAACUUUCCCAUUUUUAUUUGCUGUGAUGUUUGGUGAUAUGGGUCAUGGUUUGAUCAUGUUUCUGUUUGCUCUGUGGAUGGUUGUUAGAGAAAAACAACUACAAGCAAAGAAAAUAGAUAAUGAGAUCUGGACAACAUUUUUUGGUGGUCGUUAUAUAAUAUUAUUAAUGGGAGCGUUUUCUAUGUACACUGGCUUUAUUUAUAACGACAUCUUUUCCAAAUCACUCAAUUUAUUUGGUUGUCAGUGGCACGCUACAAAACAUGAAUAUACAGAGGCCGUAUUAAAUCACGGGAAAUUAUUCCAGUUAAACCCGAAUGGUUCAUACUAUGGAUCACCAUAUCCACUAGGUCUAGAUCCGAUUUGGUCUGUAGCUGUCAAUAAAAUAGCUUUUACUAAUUCUCUUAAGAUGAAGACCUCCAUUAUACUUGGAGUGUCUCAGAUGUUUUUUGGCGUCUCUUUAAGCUUACUUAAUCACAGAUAUUUUAAGAAUCCAUUGAAUAUAUUUUGUGAGUUUAUACCACAAGUAAUUUUCCUCUUCUGUAUGUUCGGUUAUCUCUGUAUCCUGGUUUUCCAUAAAUGGGUGAAUUACACGUCUGCUGAAGCUGGCACUGCUCCGAGUUUAUUAAUAGGGGCCAUCAAUAUGUUUCUGUUUCACUAUCCAGUACCUAAAGAUGGUCAGAUAGGAGUUUCUGAUGGACAGAAAGGUUUUCAGGGAUUCCUGGUUGUUGUUGCUGUUCUAUGUGUUCCGUGGAUGUUGUUCGCUAAACCCUUCUUAUUACGAUAUCAACAAAGAUACGGACAGAAACGACGAAAGUUUGAUGUGUUGCUAGGCGAUAUUAACGGUGAAUCAGAAGUCGCUUACGCUUCACCACAUGCUCGUUAUACCGAGACUGAUAUUCAGUUUAAACAUCAACAUCUGUCAGUGAACAGCGGAGAUCUCGUAAACCAUUCAGAUCCAGAAGCAGAAGUCACGCAUCAUAAUGAUGUCGGCGGUACUCACCACGUAGAGGAGGAAGAAGAGAAGGUAUUUGAUUUCCCUGAAGUCAUGAUCAACCAGUCUAUUCAUACUAUUGAAUAUUGUCUUGGCUGUAUCUCACACACAGCUUCCUAUCUACGACUGUGGGCUCUCAGUCUUGCUCAUGCACAAUUAUCAGAAGUUUUAUGGACGAUGGUGAUGAGGAUUGGGCUAGGAUUUUCAGGCUUCGUGGCACCGUUUGCAAUAGUUAUAAUAUUCGCAUUUUGGGCGUGUCUGACGGUCGUUAUCUUGGUUCUGAUGGAGGGACUCUCAGCUUUUCUCCAUGCUCUGCGUCUUCACUGGGUUGAAUUUCAGAGUAAAUUCUACAAAGGUGAAGGCUACAUGUUCCAACCAUUCUCAUUUGAAGAUAUUCUCGAUCAUGGUGGAGAAGAAAAAUAGAAUCUUAGGUCUGAUUUUAUUAGUGGUUCAGAAACAGGGUCUAUCAAACAUUUUAUUUUUCAUCUGAAGUUUUACUCAAAAUUCAUUGGCUUUAAAAAGUGAUGAACUGAAAAUAACCAUAAUAGAAUAACUUCAGUAUAUAUUCCAUUAAACAUACACAGAACGAAUAUAUUCUAUGAAAUAUUGUUUAAUACUAAGCAAAGUUUGGAUUUGGAUCUUCUAUUAAACAUACGCAGUACACAAUUCUAUGGAAUUCAUAUUGAUGUUAUUCUAUACUGUCUAACUUUGUGGGUUUUCUCCGGGUCCUCCGGUUUUAUCCCACUGCAAGCCGAUUACUGAAAUAAAAUUGAACCAUAUGUUAGUCCCAAAAUGACCUAGUUUGUGUUGAGUGGACGUUAAACCCUAUUUAGAGAAUUUACCAGACUGUUAAUGUUGAUUGCAUGAUCUUGAUAAACAUCUCUAGUUUAGAAUUUAUCAGACUAUUACUGUAGAUUGCAUGAUCUCGGCCUCUAAUGAUUUAAAUGGUAUCGCGUGCACAAUAACAGCCCUCUAAAUUCUAAACAGGACUUGUUUAUCACCUAAAUGUUCAAUAUUGAAAUUUCAAUUAGAAAAAUUAGUUUUAAUUUAUGAAAAAGAAAUAUUGCAAGGUGAGUGACUAGGAAAAUGUUUAUCGUCUAAAUGUUCAAUAUUGAAAUUACAAUUAGAAAAUUAAUUUUAAUUUAUGAAAGAGAAAUUAUGGGUGUUUGAGUGAUUAGGCUUUAAAAUACAGAUGUGACGUCAGCCUUUGAUGUUAGCGUAACAUUAUUUCAAAUAAUGGUACGGGCAACCUGCUAAUCGCACAUUAUUUAUACUAGAUGAAAUAUUGGACUCACGUGACGUAUUUCAUUCCAAAGCACGUGCAAGUGUCUGUAUUUUUUGUUGUUUAAUGGUCUCGAGCUAAAGACAUUGUGUAAUAUAUUGAAACAACACUCAGGCAGUAUCAAUACAUUACUUAAUAUAUCGCUCUCGACCAUUAAACCGAACAUAACAAACCUCUAUUUAUAUGGCAUUAUUAAAAGCUCAUUUCAUUAUUCGUUAAUAUUCAAUACACAAUGAUUUAAUACCGUUCAUAAUAAAACCGGUUCUCUUUUGGUUUAGCGAUUGUGAGCUCAGAACAUUCUGAAAUGACAGAAUUUCAAUCAACAUAGUUCUAUUAGUUCCAAUAACGGAUGUGUCUUGGGAGUAGAAUCAUGAAAUUAUCAAACCCAAAAACAUGUUCCAGCUGUCAUGAUGUUUUGAGAUAUUAUAAGUCGGCACAUGUUCUACACACGAUUGUUCUUUGGAUCGAGAGAAUUUUAUACCUGAUAGAUUCAUUAUAGUAUCUCCUAAGAAAAGCGGAAUCCCUACUUUAAUUUAAUUAUGUCAUGUUUUACUAACGUUAUAGUUAAUACUAUCAUCUUCUGCACAUUCAUUUGAAUGAUCUAUAUCAUUAAUCACGUAAUAUUAAAUAAACAUUCGAUUUCAUUCAUGUCUUCAACUUACUUUGUAUAUUCAUGGUAGUAAUGUAAACCUCAAAAUGAAUAUACGGCAACAUUUCUACAUAAACAUUUCCAUUUCUCAUUGACAUGUCGUGCUAUUAUUAUAAUUAUUAUUAUAUGAUACUCUUAGACAACAAGCUGACUGAUUAGUCUGCUAUAGAUUCGAAAAUUUAAUAUUUCUUCAUGAAUGCUUCACUGUUCAGCCUUGAUUAAAAUGGUCAUGCUACUGUCGUUUUGUUUUAAUGGCAGGGGGUUAAAUCUUUGAGGAUAGGAUUUGAGCCGUAUUAAUUUAAUGGUUUGUGGGGGUAAUUAUACUCCACUCUAACUUUAAUGAUUGGAAUAGUUUGUGGGGUAAAUAAACUCCACCCUAACUUUUGUUUUGUUAUGGAACAUAGAUGUUUUUUGUAAUUAAUGCUGCUAGUGACAGUAGAUCGCAUUUAAAAUAUUCAUUUCGUGCUCACAUGAAUUUCUUAUUCUAUAUUUAUUAAAAUCUGUUAAGUAUAAAAUGUUGAAAUUAAAGUGCUGAUAUGUGAUGUAUUUUAUGUGAACCAUUAGAUGUUGUAAAUUUGGUAGAAAACAUAAAUUAUUAACAUUGUUAAUUAUUAGCUAUAAAAUAUGUUACACGUGUAUCCAAGUGUGUCAGGAGGGGUGGGGGGUGGGUGAUAAACACUAUGAAGGGGCGCUGACAGGCCCGUAGCUAUUGGGGGGGGUGGGGGGCAAUACGAAGCCAAUGACCAAAGUGCCCACAUCAGUAUGGGCGUCCUGUAAAGUCGGGUGACAUUGGUUGGGCUGUCCUGCAUGCCCCUCCCCCACUACCUACGGGACUAGCUGACAGUCGUUGAUAUUUGAAAAGUUUGAUAUCUGUCAGUCCAUCAGUUUUUUUAAUUGUGAGAUCAGUUUCGUUUUUAGACAGACGAUAAUACUACCCCCAAAUCCCCUACUAACCCCCAAUCUCUCCUGGCUAAGUGACUAGUGAAUGUAUGUUAUUAUCAAAAUGAGAUUUAGUUUACAUGCAUCUUUGAGAAAAUGUAGUCCGAAAUUAGUCCGUCAAUUUUCAGGUGUUUCAUAUAACUCUGAUUAGUUAAGAUUUCGUCAAAAGGAACAUGAUGAUUUUUAGUAUGAUCUCAAUUUAUAAAAAUGAUUUUCAAGGGUUUUUAUACAUCAAAAACGUAAAUUGAACUUAUUGACAAAGAUUAUGCCAAGAGGGUAUAUAUUAUAUUUCUUAUUGAAAAUGUAGAAGUAUAUAGAGAGAUGUGUUUUUAUAAAAAAAAAAAUGUAAAUCUAACCUAUUGACAAAAUUUAUGCGAAGAUGGUAUAUUUCUUGUAUAAAAGUAUAUUAGAAUUAUUAUCUGGGGUCUAAUUCAUAGAAAUUUAAACUGGAAUAUUUUUAAGGUUGCAGCCAUUUCAUUGGUCGAGAGUUAAAAUUCUAGUAUAAAAUUCAGCUCUUGGCUAAUAAAAGGGCUGUAUUCUUAAAACAUUUUGAUUUAAGUUUUUAUGAAUAAGGCCCCAGAUGUAUAGUAUAGUUGUUAUUGAAAAUAUAGAAAUAUAUUAAAAAUUUUAUCCUGGAUAACAUUAUAUAGUCUAUCUAUAGUAUUGAUAAACUUACUAAAUUAUAGCUUUUAAUCGACUCUAAUUGUCACAAUUUUCGAUCCUAGAGAUAACUUUACCAUUCGUUUAUCUCCGGUAAAACUCGCCGGCCAUUAAUCAGUGUGAAAUCGGUUCCUAAGCUCCGCCCCCAGUGGCUACUGAUUGGCAGGAUUUGUUAGAAUUUAAUCGCUACGGAUUUCUUGACAAUUAGGCAUUGGUUCGUUGCGUGAGUUACAUAUUAAUUCGAAAACAGCCGAUUUGAUGAUUUACCGGAACUAUUUUUAGUGCUCAAUGUGAGUGAUUCGGCUAAAUACUUGAAAUUUCUGAAGAAACUCGAGUUUGAGCCGCCCUCUUGGAUCUUUGUGAAGCGACCAACGGAAGGGUACAUCACAAGUUUAUGGUAAACUUAUCUCUGGGAUUGAGAUUGUAAUUUUCACUGAACAUAACUUAUAGAUAAAAUAGUUAAUGUUUGAAUUAUUGUAUAAGUCUAUUAGUAACUAUUCACAUAAAGACACACCCCCCAACCUUAAUAUUAUUAAAAUAGGGCGUGUCUUGUUAAUAUGUUUUAGUGGGUAAAGUGUGGAAACUUCACUGAAUGUGCCCAUCCAAUUGUUUUAGUGGGUAUAAGGUGUGGGCACCUCACUUUGCCCAUCCCCUUUUACUUUACUGGGUAUAAGGACGUGUGUGGAAACCCCACUGUCCCCACCCCCUAUUGUUUUAGUGGGUGAGGUGUGAACACCUCAUUGUGUCCGUCCGGUGGUCUAGAUUGUCACACUUCGACCUCUAGCUGACCGGUCACCUCUGGCUUGCAGUUGUAUCACGCUCCCUGGAGUGAGUGUACGUGACUUGGAGAUGGGGCGCCUUCUCAACCUUGUGGGUUUACUCCGGGUACAUUAAAAAUGAAAGUAAGACACCUGUGGGGGAAGCGGACAUUAAACACUACAAUAGUAGAGAGAAAAUGAAGUGGGUUUGAAGUGGCUUUAUCACCAGACUGUUAACACAUAUUCUCUAGUGGAUGGUGGGUAAGACGCUGGCUCGCUAGCCUGAAGGUCGGGUGUUCGAUCCCAUCAUUGGCCGAGAAAGUUCUUCCAGAUUUUCCAGCGUGGUUCAGUGAUGCAGGACGGAGGGCCUGACAAGGACAGCUGUCUAGUCAUUCUGACGGGAUGGAAAACCAAGGUCCUGUGUACACAUUGGCGGGCACGUAAAAGAUGCCUUGAAAGUUGGAAUUCAAUAUAAGAGUAGGCCGUAGUGCCACUGUCUGGGCAAAAUUUCCCUCAUAACACACCGUAUGGCGUAUGCCCGUCUUCAUUAGCCCAGUUCGGAGCAGAAAAGUAGGACGUUAAACCCCAUUUCAUUUGUCUUGUAGACAAUAAGCCUGUGGACACAUUGGGGAGAAACAUAUCAUUUGAAGGAGGCUAUACGCAGUAGCAGUAAAACAUAAUACUUCAUGUUUAGUCCCAGUGGCAUAUAGGACCAUUUGUAGUACAGUACUAUUAUUGUUAUUUUAAAUUUUUAUUGAAUUUCUGUAGAGUAUUUAAGAAAUUUGUCUAUUAAAUAAUUGGUUGUUUAUUUAUAAUGAGAUCUGAAACCAUAUGUAUUCAAUAUAUAAAAGAAAUGAAAUGGGAUUUAACAUCCUACUGUUCUGCACCGACUGGGCUAAUGAAGAGAAGGGAUAUUUAUAUAUAAAUAGAAUCCAUGCAUAUCAUGAGUAUGAUCAGUUAUAAUCAUUAUUAAUUUACCCAAGAAAUCCAUGAACAACUCUCUGGUAUAUAAUGCAGGACGGAAGGCUUGACAAUGACAGCUGUCUAGUCGUUCAGAUGGGGUGAAAAAAUGAGGUCCUGUGUAUACAUUGGCGUGCACGUAAAAGAUCCCUUGGCAGUUAGAAUUUGAUAUAAGAGUAGGUCGUAGUGCCGCUGUCCGGGCAAAAUUUCCCUCAUAGCACACUGUAUGGCUAAACUCGUCAUCAUUAGCCCAGUCAGGAGCAGAACAGUAGGACGUUAAACCCCAUUUCAUUUCCCUGGUAUAUAAUAUAUUAAAUCAAAACAACAUUUUCAUACUUCAUUACAUUUUAAUAUUUGUUGCACAGCAGAUUAUUUACGAUGGCGCUCGUCUUGUUGUUAACAGACUUUGACAGGCGACCCUACUCCUUGUCACGUACAAGUGAGGAAUCGAAACCACGCCACUUGAUUCAAUGACAGACCUUAUGAUACAACGCGCACGCAUUAAACUAUUCGGCCAUGUAUUCCCGUGCUGCGUGAUUUGGACUUAGAACAUGUUCAAAUUAGUUCGAUUCCAUUCCCUGUCAAAACAUUUUAUAAUAAAUAAAUAUCCAUUUCUACAGCGCUAAAUCUCAACAAACAUUGUGCUUGUAGAGCUCGCUAAAUCUCAACAAACAUUGUGCUUGUAGAGCUUGACAAAACAUAUCUACCCAAAGCAUCUUUGCUUCUCAGUUAUAGCUUCUUUGAAACAAAUAAGUUUUUUAAAGUUUUGAUCGCAAAUGUAUCUUUAAUAUAUGUUACACUGCAGAUCUCAUAUACAUAUGACACCUUUGAAAGUAUCAUAUACCUUGACCUUUGACUCAUUGUUUUCCUUUAAAAAAAAUACUCAUAAUUAAUUUACCUAAUUUUGAUAAUGUUUGACAUAAAGUGGACGGUUAAAACAGACUUAGAUAAGUUCAUUGUGUUAAAAUGUUAUUUUGACUUAAUAUUUCUCGUGAAAACCUAAAAUAAAGUAUUUUUUAAGGAUGAGGCCAUUUCAUUGGCUGAGAUUAUCAUUGCAGCAGUCAUCCAAUGAAAAGGCUCCACUGUUUAAAUUAUUUUAGUUUUAAGAUUUUGUAGGAAUGGCCUAUGUUCGUAUAGUAGGUUUGAGUUGGUCACAAUAAAAUCUUGUCGAGAAAUGGAAAGCAUACAGUGCCCUGUGUACAAUACCUAUUAAAUAGAAAGCAGGCCAUGCCUUGUAUAUGAUACCUAUCACAUGAUACCUUAUCCCUAUGUUUAUUGAUUGUUGAUGUUUAUGACUUGAGACGUAUAAAUUAAUAUUAUUUGUUAUUUUGGUUUAUUGUCUUAUUAUUGUGAAUAAAUGAAGUGUUGUGUUCAGAAA